ACAGUGAAAGUACAAGGAAAUGACAUCUCCCACAAGCUGCAGAUUUCAAAAGUGAGGAAAAAGGACGAAGGCUUGUAUGAGUGCAGGGUGACCGAUGCCAACUAUGGAGACCUUCAGGAAUACAAGGCCCAGGCAUUUCUCAAAGUCAAUGCUAACAGCCACUCUCGGCGAAUGCAAGCUUUUGAGGCAUCUCCAAUGUGGUUGCAAGACAUGAAACCUCGCAAAAAUAUCUCAGCAGCUGUUCCAAGUAGCAUCCAUAACUCUGCCAAUCAGCGUGUGCGUGCCACCUCCAGCCCUGAAGCAGCAGCCAAAAUUCCCAAACAAAGUCCACAAUCAGCAAAGAGCAAAUCGCCUGUAAAAUCCACGGAGCGGACAGCAAAGUUGACCCUAACCUCCAACCACCACUCUGCACCCAAUGUACUCUAAAUCUCUACACAAGGAGCACCUUCUUCAGGAAGUACAAACAAAAAAUACUAAAUAAAAUAUACAAAUAAAUAAAUAUUAUAAAAAGAAGAGGAUACCAUGUUUUCUUGAUAUAUCUUAUUUUCUUUGGCGUAUCACUGAUCAUUUAUUUGAAGAGAACUACUGUGAUGUAAUAAUACGUUUUGUAAGAGCAAGACCUAGUUUCCUUUUCUUUCAGCAAGGAGAAGCCUCAUCUUUGACUUCUCAGGGGUUGGCCUGCAAGUCAUCGCUAUUACAGACUUAACCAUGGAUGACAUUUGAUUUCCUACACUGAAAGAAGUGUUCCAGCCUGGAAGCAAACAGAGGCCAAAUAGUGAAACAAAAUAUAGUGAUUCAACA